AGCACAGGCAGUCCUCUCCUCUUCCACCCAAAGAAAGAGCUCACCUUGAUUACCCUUACCCUCCUCCCACUAAUCACGCUAAUUUGCUAGCUCGACUCCUAGCUACCUUCAUCAGCAAUGGAGGCGCCUUUCUUCUUCUUCCUCCUCCUCCUAGUCUCCUCCUCCCCUUCCACCGCCCGCCUCUCCGCCUAUGGCGUCAACACCGAAGUGCGAGCUCUGAUCGAGAUCAAGAACCUGCUCGAGGACCCCCAUGGCGUGCUCAAGAGCUGGGAUCAGAACUCCGUCGAUCCCUGCAGCUGGGCCUUGAUCACCUGCUCCCCGGACUCCCUCGUCACUACCCUGGAAGCUCCAGGCCAGCAUCUCUCUGGCCUGCUCGCGCCAAGCAUCGGCGACCUGACCAAUCUUGAGACUAUUCUCCUGCAGAACAACAACAUAAGUGGGCCAAUCCCAGCAGAGAUUGGCAAGCUGGCAAACCUCAAGAGACUUGAUCUCUCCAGCAACCAAUUCCAUGGUGAAAUCCCCUGCUCUGUGGGCCACCUCAAGAGCCUCCAGUACUUGAGACUGAACAACAACACCCUGUCUGGUCCAAUUCCUUCUGCAUCAGCUAACCUGUCGCACCUUGUUUUCCUAGAUUUGUCUUACAACAACCUGAGUGGUCCGAUACCGGCAUCAUUGGCAAGAAGAUACAACGUAGUGGGGAAUCCCCUCAUCUGCGAGCAAGAUUGCUACAGGAUGGCGCCGAUGGCGAUGUUCCAUUAGAUCAAGAAGAUUUUACUGUUCCGUCUGUUCUUCAAAUGCUGCUUACUGAAAGAGCAAAUGGAGAACGCCGUCUCUAAAUAAUUACUACCUCUAUCCUUUAAUAUUUGACGUUGGUUAGCUCAAUUUCGAACUAAGCAACGUCAAACAUUAAAAAACAUAAAAAAAAUGUGGGACUACUUACUAUUUGAUGUUGCUUUUAUUAGUUUGAUGUAAGCUCCUAGAGUGAGCUUACUUUGAAAUGUACUAUUAUGUAACACUACUCAAUAAAGAGUCUUUCUGGACUAAUGAUUGCCUGUACCUUGGAUUA